AUGUGGCUUACAGAUAAUCAAAAAAUUGGAGUAACAUUAACGGCUCUUGGAAUAGGAUUUAUAAUACUUGGUAUAGUUACAUUAUUUGAUGCAAGUCUAUUAAUUAUUGGAAAUCUUUUAUUUAUCUCAGGACUUAUACUAAUCAUUGGAUUUAUAAAAACAUUGGUAUUUUUUUCAAGAAGACAAAAACUUUGGGGAUCUGUAUUCUUUUUUUUGGGGAUGCUUUUAGUUUUUUUCAAAAAACCAUUUUUCGGAUUUAUUAUUGAAACAUUUGGAUUUAUAAAUCUCUUCGGUAAUUUCUUUCCAAUUAUAAUUUCUUUUUUAACACAAUUUCCUAUUAUUGGACAUAUUUUAAGAAUUUCUUUUAUCAAAAAAAUUUUGGACAGAGUAAUAGGUAUAUAUCAAAUACCUGUAUAA